AUGAAGGCACAGAACGUUUUAGGCGUCGUACGUGGCAUUAUUGCUGGUUACGAGGAUGAACCUUCUAGGCAUCCGCAUCUUCAUGGGGAUGAAUCUUCUACUAGGCAUGCCUUUGCUCAGCGAGCACAGGUUCCUCCAUUACGACACCUAGAGAAAAUUAGGAGGCCCACCACAACCACAACUGAGAAGACCAAGGCAGCCACACUCACAACAUCAGAACUGAUAAGCGACGAUCUUGCUUCGCAAGCAAGUUUGCAGAGUGGCCGAUUACACAGCGACGCCACGGAUCAUGGCAGUGACUCUGCGAGAGAGCAUGAACAUGAUGCUCAACAAGCAAAAGCAGGUGGGAGCAAAUCUUCCCUGACUGACGUGGAGACGAAGGCAUCAAGAAUAGGGGGUUCCCACAAUCACAAGGACACACAUCAGGCCACACAUGUGACC